AUGGAUAUAAAAUAAACCAUGUAAUAAAUGAUGGAAGAAUCAGAAUAAGAAUUUAAAAAUUAAUUUAAUCCUUAAAGCGAUAAAUUUCAUCAAGGUUCUUAAGUAGUUGUACCUUUGGGAGGAUCUAGAAUUCCAGAAUCAAUGAAAUCUGAAUAUCCUGAAAAUUAAGGAGAAAUCUAAAAUGAAGAAAAUGUAAGUUAUGGAGAAGAAUACGAAAAAAUUUAAAAUUUAAGAAACGACUUCCUUAACUUUAAAAAAACUAUUAGUAAUAUUCCUAAAAUACAUGAAUAGAAUUUAAGAUAAAAUUAAAAUGAUAAAGAAAAUAAAGAAAUUUUAAAAAUCUUAUUUGAAUUAGAACCUUUAACGCAGAAAGUUUUACAAUCUGAAUUUAAAGACAGAUAUGAAGGACUAUAGGCAACACUUGAAAGUUCUAAAGGAGAAUUUAAAAAUAAAGAAGAUUUAACCGAUUUUGGUUUUAAAAUUAAAAAAUACUCCGCAAAUGCAUUUACUGAUGCUGGAAAAUUAUUAGAUAAAAUGAAAAAGAUAAAAAAAGAAAAAUAAAAAGAAAUAAAAUAAUGA